GAAGCAGCUACUCUGUGGUUAGGGUCUGAACCGGAAGUGAAUUCUGAUUUCUCUUAAGGUUGCUGGAUUUGUUUCUCUACUCGGUUGUUGGAGGUCAUAGAGAGUAAACAGCCAUGGGCGGGGAUCACGGCCACAGCAAGCUGCCCAUGCCGGACCUCAAGACGUGGAAAUGGGAAGGGACUCCUUUGGAGUUCACGCAGCAGCGGCUCGCUCGGAGAGGACUGAAGGACCCCUGGGCAAGGAACGAAGCGUGGAGGUACUCCUUCCGUCCGCCGGUCACGUUCAGCGAAGUUCUGCUGCGUGGAUUCAGAACAGGAUUCAUCGCGUUCGCGGUGGCCCUGGCUGUCGAGUACACGUUCUUCCCUCCGAAGAAGUCAGACCACUGAGUCUCGCCUGCACGAGACACUCUGAAGCCCCGAAGAGACCCUCAAUCAUCAGACUCUAAUGUUCACUGCAGGUUAAUAAGCCAGCUGUAAUGUUCCUCUGUGUCCCACACGCUGUAUCCGUGUUCCGCUGAAUGAGAAAUAAACAUAUGAUGUGUAAUAA